AUGACUCGCCCAGAAUCUCUGAAACCAUCUAUGAUCAAGUCUCGUUUUUACAUUAUUUCCUCUGCGAGUCUUAUUUACCAUCACUGUCCUGUGUCAUGGAUAAGGAAUGGAGGGAGUAGUUAUUGCUUUGUGAAAAAGAGACUGCAAUGGAGAUCUUCAAAGGAAAGCUGCAUAUCUAUUGGAGCACAUCUUCUGGCAAUAGAAACUGAAGUUAAGAAAACAUGGAUUCAAGACAAAGCCUCUCGGGACUCUUGGUGGAUCGGGGGUACUGAUUCAAACUCGGAAGGCACGUUUUAUUGGGAACACUCUUCCAAGACAAUGACUUACACAAACUGGUAUUCUAAUCAACCAAACGGUGAUGCAAACGAAAACUGCGUUUCAAUGGAAGGCGACGGAUCCUGGCAUGAUUACUCAUGCAAUCACACGUUUUACUAUAUUUGUGAAAAAUAACCGAACACAGUAAAAUGUAAGCUAUACAAGAGAAUGACCAAAAUCGUAAUUUGAUUUAUAAAUGUAAAAUAUCAGAUCUCUGGAACAUUUUGGAUAAAAUUUUUGUAACAAGUAAAUAUGUUACAUAUGCCA